AUGAACUAUACAGCCAAUAAAGGAGUCGCUUACACAAGGAUCACAUCAUAUGAUAAACCAGGAUACAGAUCCUCCUCUAUUUUUCGUCUUUGGGAAUAUCAUAACAAUCCUAAUGAUUCGAAGUUGCUACCCAAAGAGUUAAGUUGGUUGGUAACAAACUUAUCCAUUGUAACUUUUGAAUAGAAAUUCACUUGGGCUUGA